GCCCUGCCAUCUUACACGCUUCCCUCUCCAAACCAACCACAAACUCGACACCCCGACAUCGCCCAUUCCCUGUAAAUAAUUAGAUACCGCUUUUCUCUUUCAUCUCUCUCGUUUCUUCUCGAUCUCCCUUCUGUUCUCUCUCUCUCUCUCUCCGCGAUGGCUCGCGUCCUUUCUCAAACCCUUAUUAGGCAGUCCCAAACCCUAAUCCACGAUCCAACCAGAGCGUGCCUCCUCCAGCAGCCGCCCGCCCGCCUCGAGGGCCGCCGUGGCCGGGCGAGCCGGCCGGAGAAAGCGCUGCUCGUGGAGGUGGACCUGGAGACAGAGGCGACCGGCCCGGAUGUGGAGGUCCUCGGGAUGCGCCGCCUCGAGGACGCCAUCCACGGGAUUAUUGUCCGCCGAUCCGCCCCCGACUGGCUCCCCUUCAUGCCGGGCGCCUCCUACUGGGUCCCGCCGCGGAAGCGGCCCUACGGCGUGGUGGAACUCAUUGGCAAGCUCAAGAACCCGAUGACGGAGGAGGAGAUCCUCUCGCUCACCAGCGUCCGUGGCUGGCCCUCGUCCGCCUAUUUCGUGGAAGGUGUAUCUCCACAUCCAGUGAAGAAGAGCCUGGAGAAAGCUUCUGCACAGUCUGAUGAUGAAGAAAGCUGACUGGUAUCUGACUGAGAAGCAGGGCUCUGCAGCAAUGUAGAUUUUGGAUAAUGCUAAGCCCUCCAGAAGCUCAGUGCAAGUUGUACAUACAGGGAGGAAGGGAAGCCGACAGUGGAUGGGAUGCCCAUGAAGAUCACCCUCCUUUACUUAUGCCUGAUAAAGAUCAAUAAUGUAAUUUAACUGUUCGUGUUCUCUGAAUUUAAUGCACAAAAUAUCUGUUUUUCUUUAUUUGUCUUGCAUGAGAUGGCUGAGGUUGGCAUGGGAUAGGCAGGCAGGUGUUGGAUUCACUUUGUGAUGUGCAAAGCGUGCUUUGCUAUUGUAGUGUAAUGUUGGGAGGUAGGGAGCAACCAUGGUUAGAAUUAGGAGGCAUAUGACCUAUUGUAGUGUGGUAUGCCCAAGAAGAUCACCCUCCUUUACUCGUGCCUGAUAAAGAUCAAUAAUGUAAUUUAACUGUUCGUGUUCUCUGAAUUUAAUGCACAAAAUAUCUGAUUUUUC